CGUAGUCAUAUCCUUGUCUUUGAACCAGUGGCAUCUGACCUGAGAAGCACCUGAUGGGGGAUGGGAGACUGAGUCACCAAGAGGACAGUGCAGGAAGACUGCUCGGUGGCAAUGGGGCUCUGAGAGAGAGGUACAACCCGUGAGAAAGCAGGCUCGCCUGGGCCUCCCCCUGGCUGGGAGGAGAGGAAAUCUCCCAGGGUGGAGUGUGCCAAAGGCGUGAUUGGGCCAGCCCUCCUAGCCUAUGGGCAGGGCGAGUGUCACUCUGAGAUAAGCCACUUCAAGCUGCAGAUGAUAUCCCUGGGAAGCAUCACUCAAGACAGUGGCAGAUCACAGCCUCAGAGCGGAUGCGAGCAGUGGCAGGUCAACCCAGAGGCUGAGUACACACUAAUCCUGGGAGCUUCUCUCUCGAGGCCUCCUUGCUCCUCACAUCAGCCAGAGCUCAAGCGCUGGCACCCCCUGCCAGUCAGGAACAGGGACAGGGCAGCAUGAGCCGGUCAAGGCACUUGGGCAAGAUCCGGAGGCGCCUGGAAGAUGUCAAGAGCCACUGGGUGCGGCCAGCCAGGGCUGACUUCAGCGACAACGAGAGCGCUAGGCUGGCCACUGAUGCCCUACUGGAUGGGGGUCCCAAGGCCUACUGGCAGACCCUCCACCAGGAAGGCGAGGUGGACUUCCUGUCCUCGGAGGAGACCCAGUACAUCCAGAUCCAGGCCAAGGAGCCCCCAUGUGCCCCUGAGACCCUGGGAGGGGCAGAGAUGGGCUCCAAGGGCCUGGACUCCUGCUCUCUGCAGUCAGGCACCUAUUUCCCCGCCACCUCAGAGGGCCCUGAGCCCACCCUGCUGCACACCUGGGCCUCUGCCAACAAGCCCUACCUGAAGGACAAGUCCAGCGCCACUGUGUACUUCCAGACAGACAAGCACAACAACAUCCGAGACCUUGUCCGACGCUGCAUCACCAGGACCAGCCAGGUCCUGGCCAUCCUGAUGGAUGUAUUCACAGAUGUGGAGAUCUUCUGCGACAUACUAGAGGCAGCCAACAAGCGUGGGGUGUUCGUCUGCGUGCUCCUAGACCAGGGAGGAGUGAAGCUGUUCCAGGAGAUGUGUGACAAAGUCCAGAUCGCAGAUGGUCACCUCAAGAACAUUUCCAUUCGGAGUGUGGAAGGGGAGGUGUACUGUGCCAAAUCAGGCCGAAAGUUCGCCGGUCAAAUCCAAGAGAAGUUUAUCAUUUCAGACUGGAGAUACGUCUUGUCUGGAUCAUACAGCUUCACCUGGCUCUGCGGACACGUGCACAGAAGCAUUCUCUCCAAGUUCACGGGCCAGGCAGUGGAGCUGUUUGACGAGGAGUUCCGCCACCUCUAUGCCUCCUCCAAGCCUGUGAUGGGUCUCAAGUCCCCCCGGCUGGUGGCACCCCUUCAGCCCAGAGAGGGCCCCAGCCCCCCGGCCGGCAGCCCGAGUGGUAGCAGCUGCUCAGCUAGCGAGCACACAUCCUCCAAUCCCUUCAGCACCCCCUCCACAGGGAGUAACCCCCAUAACCACAGUCUAUCUGUGUCCUCGGGUCCCACUAGCACCCCAGCCUUAAACCCACCUCUGCCGCCCAGGUUUCAGAUCUAUCACAGCUCUUGGGGGACCCUGACUCCACAGCCCCACUUCUCCCUGCGGCCCCACAGUGGCCCCCCUGCUCUGUACAACAACCUCGAUGCCUACAGGCCCACACGACUGCAGCUGGAGCAGCUGGGCCUGGUGCCCAGGGCUGCCCACACCUGGAGAACCUUCCUACAGGUCGCUCCCCACUUCUGAGAAACUCUGUGCCCACAGAUACCCUCCUCAGGGCCAACACCCCACAAGCAUGGGGUUUCUGGCCGGAGCACCCCACCUCAACAACUAACAGUUUUGAACUGAUUUCUGUUCGCACUAAAGACACUCGGGCAAAAGCACUGCCUACAUUUGAAUGUCUGCAGACCUACCAACCUGCAUCUGUCUCUGGGAUCCUCAUGCUAGUCUGGCCUAUGUAGCACAAUCCAGAAGUUAUGGGGAGGCAGGGGGCAGGGAGGUGGAGGAUGAGAUCAUAAAAAUAGAGUUCUUUUCAUUCACAGGGAAGCUAAUACUUUAUCAUUGAAAUUCCCUAAAUCUCUAAUGUAAGGACCUUUUGCUUUUUUUUGUUGUUGUUGUGCCAGGGAUGAGUUCUGGAAAUCAUGCACGUGAGGCACAUACUCUACCACUGGGCUAUGCUUCCCCAAACCCCAAGUGUCCAGUAAUGAUCCACUCCCCAAAGACUCAGGGGAGAGAGGUGCAGAAGAUCUGGGAACAUUCUGGAUAUUUCUGGAAGGAGUGGGAAGCUCUUCCUCCCUGGACAGGUGCAAUAAUACUAGGGUAUUUUUAAUUUUUUUAUUAACUUUAUUUAUUGGAUAGAGACAGACAGAAAUUGAGAUGGAAGGGGAUAAUAGAGAGAGAGAAAGACAGAGACACCUGCAUCACUGCUUCACCAAUUACAAAGCUUUCCCCCUGCAACUGGGGACUGGGGGGCUAGAACCUGGGUCUUUGUGCAUUGUAACAUGUGUGCUCAACCAGGUAUGCCACCACCUGGCCCCUAGGGUAUUCUUGACCCCACCGAAUUAGGAAUGAUAUUAUACAACCUGUCACUUUAAGAUGUAUGGGUCCCAGUCAAAACUGUAGCCCCAGAGGGCCAGGAGGCAUUGAACCUACUUAAGUGUACACAUCACCAAGCACAAGGAUCUGGGUUCAAGCCCUCCACCCCUCCUGCACUGGAGAAGCUUCACAACCGGUGAAGUGGGGCUGCAGGUGUCCUCUUUCCCUCUCUACCUCUCCCUCCCCUCUCAACUUCCCUUUCUUCAAAUAAAUAAAACAAAAUACUGUACCCCCUGCAACCCAGAUUCUGACAGGGUUAUGGUGAGCAUGGCCUCCAUUGCCCUGCACAGCUCUGUACUAUAUGAGCAGUGUAAACAAGAAAUGAGCCUUUAGACUGGAGAGUUAGCUUACUAGGUAAGAGGCUUGCCUUGCCAUAUGUGCAACCCAGGCUUGAGAGUAAUACAUGAGGGUGUCAAGCAACCAGGGAAGACUUGGCAUCAUGGUCUUUCCCUCUCCCUCUUUCUCUGAUUUGCUGUAUCUGAAUAAGAAAGUUGGCCUGGAAUGGUGAAAUUGAGCAUUCUGAGGCCCUGGUGAUACACAGAAGAGAGAAAGAGGUAGGGGGAGGGAUACAACUGCUCAGCUCAGGAUUUUGGUGGUAUGGGGAAUUGAACCUGGGAUGUUGGAGCCUCAGGCAUAGAAGUUUUCUUGCAUAGCCAUUAUGCUAUCUCCCUGGCCCUAAGCCUUUAUUGUUUAUGCCACUGAAACAUGAUGUUGUUUGUCCCAUCCAGGGUUAUUGCUGAAGAACUACACCUGCAACUUUUUGAUAGAUUUUUAAAAAAUAUUUUCAUUUAUUUAUUAUUGUACAGAGAUAAACUCAGAGGGGAGGGGGAGAUAGAGAGGGAGAGAGAGACAAAGAGACACCUGAAGCCCUGCUUCACCACUUGUGAAGCUGUCCCCUUGCAGGUGGGGACCGGGGACUUAAACCCAGGUCCUAGCACACUAUAACAUGUAUACUCAACCAGGUGCACCACCACCAACCCCCUGAAAGUCUUUUUUGCAUAACCAUUAGGUUAUCUCCCAGGCUAAUAUUACUAUUUUUUAAAUAGAGGGUGAGAAUCAGAAAGGAAGAAACAGAAAAAUAAAAAUCAGAGUACGACUCCCAUGCUUGUAAAGCUUCCCCUAUCGUGGUGCUGCCAUGUGGGGGCUGGGAAUAAAGUGUGAGCUCUACUGAAUGAACCAUCUCCUGGGCCCAUAUGUCCCCUGACACACAGCUGGGCCAUCCCUUCAUGGGGCUGCACUCCAACUGGCAUCUCCUCCCAAGACAGUUUCCACCAAGGAACAAGGUGUGGCUUUCCACAUUUGGCAAGGGAGAGUUGAGGCCCAAACAAGUUCUUCUUUUUUUUUUUUUUCCUUUCUUUUUAAAAAAUUUUUUUAUUUAUAAAAAGGAAACAUUAACUAAACCAUAGGAUAAGAGGGGUACAACUCCACACAUUUCCCACCACCAGAACUCCGUAUCCCAUCCCCGCCCCAAUAGCUUUCCUAUUCUUUAACCCUCUGGGAGUAUGGACCCGAGGUCAUUGUGGGAUGCAGAAGGUGGAAGGUCUGGCUUCUGUAAUUGCUUCCCCGCUGAACAUGGGCGUUGACAGGUCGAUCCAUACUCCCAGCCUGUCUCUCUUUUUCCCUAAUGGGAAAAGCGGAGCUCCAGGACACAUUGGUGGGGUUGUCUGUCCAGGAAAGUCUGGUCGGCAUCAUGCUAGCACCUGGAACCUGAUGGUUGAAAAGAGAGUUAACAUACAAAGCCAAACAAAUUGUUGACCAAUCAUGGACCUAAAGGCUGGAGUAGUGCAGAUGAAGAGUUGGGGGGGGGGUCCUCCAUUUUGUAGAUAGCUAGUAGGCAUAUUUUAGUUAUAUUCCAAAGGGCCUGUGGCUAUACUAGUUUUUUUUUUUUUCACCUGAGCCUGAAAUAGAUAUGCAGGUGGAUCCUAGUUAUUGUCUAGGGUGGUGAUGAUGUCAUGGCUGGAAGAAGGACCAGAAAGCUGGAUCAGGGAAGAGAGUAGCUCCAAACAAGUUGUUACCCAAGUUUCCAAUCCUUCUCUACCCAACGUUUCCUUCUGCUCCAGGCUAGCAUCACACUCCACCUCCUUUGGCAGGCCUGCUCACCGGGGCCUUAAACCUGUAGAGUCUCUCCUCCAGUGUGCAGCUCAACAACGGUCAGGGGAGCAGCUAGUGCACGCCAGGAACCAUUUCAGCAGUGAGCAAAGGGAACUAGAUACAUGUUGGUGCUGGAGAGCUCAAGUUAGCUGGAAGUGACACUUAGGGGAACAACUGCCAUGAAGAACACACGAGAAUGGGAGGAAUAGCAUGACAGCUGUGGGGUGGGGGCUCAGGUGUGGGCAGAAGCGGGCAGUACCAAUGGCCAAGGGCAUAUCGCACACCAAGGAUGAGGGAUCACAGCAGCCCUCUGCAGGCUAAUCAUUGGCUUGAAUGGAGGGACUGAUUGCUAGACAGCAACCCUGCUCCUUCCCCAGCCUUCUCUCCUGGAAAAGGUCUGGAGUUGUCACUUGAUUCCCACUGAAACUAACUUCUGGAGGCUGGGGAAUAGCAUAGUGGUUAUGCAAAAGAAUGCCCGAGGCUCUGUGGUUUCAGGUUCAAUCCCUAGCACAUCCAUAAUCUAAAGCUGAGCAGUGCUCUGUUCUCUCUCUCUCUAAUUAAAAAAAGUAAAUAAAUAAAUCAAUAGAAACUCACCUUUUAUCUUCCUCUCUGCAUUAAAAAAGGCCAAUAGUAAUUUUUUUAAAAGAUCAUUCUAUUUGGUGGUAAUUACUGAUUACA